CUCGAGGGGCGGCGGGAGGGACGCGCGGGAGGCGGCCAGCGGGCGGCUCCGCCCCGGCUCUCCCAGGGAGCCUCCGUGGUCGACUUCCUUCCGGGGCAGCACACGUCACUCCGCCGGUGGGCGACCCGCUCGGCCAGCCCUGGUCUCCGGUCCAGCCCUCGGUGCAGCGCGUUCCCGGCUGGCGGGGUCGUGCCCUACGGGGGAGCCCCCGCCCCGUCCAGCCUCGAGGGAGCCAGGUGUUCAUUUACUUACCGGACAGACUUUGCGGAGCCUCGGAGACACGGUGGCAGAUCGGGGCGUCCCUUCCCGGGGCCCAUCGUCUGGUGGAGAGGGAGCACGGAAUGAGAUAAACAGACCGGUAGAAUUCUAGCUGCGGAGGAACAAGUUAGAGGCGGGCAUGGUUUGCAACUGGACCCCAGCCCAGACCAGGAAGGCAGCCUGCAUCAUGUGGUUACAAAUUGCUCGUCCUUUACCUGUUGAUGCCUCCCAAAAAGAGACAGCAAAGACAGUCACGCAAAGCCCAGCUGCAAUUCCACCAUCAGCCACUGGAGGGCCCCAAACACCAUGAAUCUCUCCAGCGGCCCAUUACCCACACUGUACGGGUGCCCAGCAAGCCCAUUGAUCAGGGCACCAUCACUUCCUGGGUCUUACCUCAGUUUGAUACCACAGCCGAAAGCCAGCUUCCAGCACACCGGAAACGCCGCCCCCAAGACCAGACAAAACAAUUAACACGAAGAUCUACCUGCAAGUUCCCACGGCUAACCUUUGAGAGUCCACGGGUUUCCAGUUCAGAGACAGUGAUAUCCUUGAACAGAGAAGAGCCCUGCCAGUCAGAAAAGGACGCUCCCAGAAGGCCUUUAGUGCCACUGCUCAGUCCCCAGAGCUGUGGGGAGCUGUCAGUGCACGCCCCUCAAAGCUUACCUCAUGUGUUCACACCCCCUGAUAUCCACACCCCGGGGUUGUCUGUGAGAGAAGAACCCGCUUCCCCCGAUCAGAAGGAAAACAGUCUUCCAGGCUGCAUCCUGGGCCCUGGAGCUCCCAACAGCCCGGAGCCCGGACCUGUUCUGGUCAAGGACACCCCUGAGGAGAAGUAUGGGUUAAAGGUUACGUGGAGGCGCAGAAGGCACCUGUUUGCCUACCUCAAGGAGAGAGGGAAGCUGGACAAGAGCCAGUUCCUCGUGAAGACGUGAGCGGAUGUCACAGGCGUCAUCUCAGAGCCGCUGAUCGCCGUCAUUCCCAGCCUCACGUCCCUGGCUUGAAAGGGUGACUUGGAGUGAGCGCCAGAGGGAGGAGGACUUAGCUGCAGGCCUGGAGCUGGAACUCGGUUUCUAGAUUUGUUGGUUAAGCCCCCUCAUAUGAGGAAGAGUUGGAUUUAGUGUCAUGAACUGUUGGUAACUGUUUGAACCUCUAGAGUACCUUGCACUGUUUACGAUGUUUGUAAAUAAAUGGCUGCUCUGUGUGUCUAGAGAACCCGCUUUUGUCAGUAAU